AUGUCAUCGUGCUUGCAUAGAGAAGACCGUGCUAACUUCGCGUACCAUUUGAGUUUGUUGAAACUUGAUGAGUCCGAUGGCCAGUCUGACGAAGCACUUCUUGCCCCCGUACUGACUGGUACGGUUCUCAACCAACCAUCGCUCGGCCCUACGCAAUAUGGACUACUAGGGGGCGUGAAGAGAAUCGAUACGCCUACAUACUCUACCAUGGACGAUGAAGUGACGAAAAAUGAUCCCCGGUUAUUUUUCAACGUUUCAUCACCGUCGAGUGUGUUCAUUUGCGGCUCCCAAGGAACCGGAAAGAGUCACACGCUGUCUUGUUUACUAGAAGGGUGCUUGAUUCCAUCCAAAGCCGGCAGACUGUUAAGUCCCUUGACAGCUGUCGUAUUUCACUAUGAUACAUUUAUCUGUGACGGUGGUGGCUCGCCCUGUGAAGCUGCCUUUCUGUCAUCUCAUCCCGAUCUGAAGGUCAGAGUGCUUUGUGCUCCGACUAACCUUCGUACUAUCAAGGGUACCUACUCAAGAUUCAACAUCGAGGUACAACCUUUGCAAAUUGAUCAGUCCCAUCUGAAUACCAAACGAAUGCUGGAUCUCAUGUCAGUUGCCCGGGAUAGCGGCGCUGGCCCAUUAUACUUGCAGACUGUUCAACGGAUACUACGAGAGAUGCGUCUACUCCAACAAAGCACAGGACUUCCGUUCGACUAUCAAGAAUUCAAGACUAGGGUACUUGGUUCCGGGCUGUUGACUGGUCAACUGGAGCCCUUGAAGCAAAGGUUGGAUAUUCUUGAGAGCUUCAUGCCACCCCAUCAGGCAAGCGCGGGUUCCAAAAUCAAGAAAACGAAGGCCAAAUCCCGAGAUGGAGGUUCAAACUGGGCACCCAAGGCCUCGCAGUUGACAAUCGUUGAUCUCUCCUGUCCUUGUGUUUCCCCUGAUACCGCCUGCAGCCUCUUUAACAUUUGUUUUGAAAUCUUUAUGGAACAAGAUACCAAAAUUGGUAGAAUCGUCGCCCUUGAUGAGGCCCAUAAGUAUAUGAAAGAUUCUGUCGAAGCCCAGAAUUUCACAGACACCCUUCUCUCUACUGUUCGACUACAACGUCACCUCGGUGCUCGCAUCUUUGUUUCAACUCAGGAGCCAACCAUCUCCAGCGACCUUCUCGAUCUAUGCUCUGUCGCUAUUGUCCAUCGGUUCUCAUCGCCUGCAUGGGUGCGUGCAUUACAAUCGCACGUGGCUGCUGCAGCUUUAAAUUUACACGUAACGAAAGAUAGUCAGGCAAAGAAUGAGCAGGCACCCCUCGAUAUUCCGGCAAAGCUCUCUAUCUUUCACCAGAUCGUCAACCUUAAAGUAGGCGAGGCGCUGCUCUUUUCGCCGGGUGCCAUGCUAAGCAUCGUGUCUGAAGAGCCUGAGCUACAAGAAAUGGUCAGAUUAGGCUCCGGAUAUAUGACUAUCAAGGUGCGAGGCAGACUCACAGACGACGGCGGAAAAAGUGUGUUAUCCACUUGA